AUGGGUGACCUAUACCCACGUGGGUAUGAGUAUGAGGGUAAAUCCAUACCAACCAAUCCUGAGGUCCUGAGCGGCGUGCGGCGCUUCUCCAAAUCUCCCAUCCUAUCGACGCACGUUCCUGCGUUCGAAACCCUAUUUCCGUCCGAGGCGGCGGCGGCGGCGGACCGGCAGCUCCCCGCUCGGCUUGUAUUGGGCGGUUGUCGCGCUGCAGCAGCCAGGGGCAUCGUCGCGCUCGCACCAACCGAAGACGGCGUCAGCCUCCACGCGGCACCGACGACCGACCCACCGUCCCAAGUCCAACGAGGAGGCCGGAGCGCUGAGCAGCCGUCUGCAUCCUCCUCCCGAAGUUCUUCUGCGGCGAACAAGGCCGACAAGGGCGGCAGCAACAAGGGCGCGCCUGGCAGCAAGGGGUGGCAGGAGAUCGGCGUCAUCGAGGAGGAAGGGCUCAUGGACGAGGAGGACCACACGCGGAUCGUGCCCUGCAAGUGCUACUGCUUCCUCGCCUUCCUGCUCGGCUUCGUCGCGCUCUUCUCCUUCUUCGCGCUCGUGCUCUGGGGCGCCAGCAGGUCCCAGAAGCCGCGCAUCGUCAUGGGCACCAUCCGCUUCGACAACUUCAUCAUCCAGGCCGGCACCGACGCGUCGCUCGUGCCCACCGACAUGGCCACCACCAACUCCACCGUCAGAUUCACCUACCGCAACAGGGGCACCUUCUUCGGGAUCCACGUCACCGCCGACCCGUUCCAGCUCUCCUACAGCCAGCUCACGCUCGCGUCAGGAGACCUCCACAACUUCUACCAGCCUCGCAGCAGCAGCCGCACCGUCAGCGUCGCCGUGGUCGGCAACAAGGUGCCGCUGUACGGCGGCGGGCCCACGCUGACGGCGGCGCCGGCGGCCGGGGGCAAGGGGCAGCAGCAGGCCAGCGCCAAGGUGGCGUCGGUGCCCAUGGUGCUGAGGACCACGCUGCACUCGCGGGCCUACGUGCUGGGCGCGCUGGUCAAGCCCAAGUUCACGCUCGCCGUCGAGUGCAGGGUGCUCAUGAACCCAAACAAGCAGAACAAGCCCAUCUCGCUCCGGAACGCCUGCCACUACUCAUGAUAUAUUUAGCCUCUCAUACUAGCUGCUCAACAUCACCAUGCCCAUGCAUCCAUCUCCUACCUACCUCUCAAUUGUACUGUAAUGGAGUAUUUAUUGAUUUAUUUAUGCUUUGCUUCGUCUUCUCUUCUC